UACGUCCAUUCGACGAGAAGUCCUACAAAAUGUCAGGCAACGUUGACUGCGAAUUAUUAAUAAGCGAAGUGCAAAAGCGGCCCUCUUUAUGGGAUACAUCCCACGAGGACUACAAAGACAAACAUAAAAAGAAUUCGGCAUGGGUUGAAGUUUGCGCGUGCUUAAUAGAGAACUUCGCCACGAAAAGUACAGCACUUCAGAAAGUGAUCGUACAAGAUGUGAUGUCAAAAUGGCGUACCAAACGAGAUAAUUAUAUACGAGCAUUAAGAAAACAAGCCCAACAUUACAAAUUCGGUUCGGGCGGCAAAAAGACCAAACUAUAUGUGUACGGAGAGCAACUGUCUUUCCUGUGUAAGAAUAAAGAAUUACGGAAUACCGAAGGUGGUUUCGAUGAACCUCAAUACGAAGAAAGCCAAGACGAUGAGAAAAACGAAGUCGAGAGUGAAGCAGGUGAUGCAGAAAGAAGCGAAGAAAUAGCCAGCCCCUCGCCAAUAAAUAUCGCACGGCCAGGAAAACGCAGAAGGACGGACGUUGAAUGCGCAUUGUUAGAUUUUAUGGAACGUCACAAGAGAACCAAGACUAUAGAGGAAGACGAGGACUUGGCGUUCUUUUAUUCUCUGCUUCCUACCGUUAAAACCCUGGACAUGGAUCAGAAAUUGACAUUUAGAUUACAGACGAUACAACUUUUGCAUACCGUAAGGAAUCCACUCGUCCAGUUUCACCCAAACGUGCACAUCGAGCCACCGCAUUCAAAUCCAACCAUACCGAUUGACCCGUCGUCUUCGAAUCCUUCUAUGACCUUUCACCCAUUCUCAAAUCCGCCCAUAUACAGUCGUGCUUCUGAUUCCGAUUCGAGACCAAUGUCUACAUUAUCAUCUGCUUCGUAUGAAUCGAAAUUUUCACCGCAAGAAGGAACGUCAAACGACUGUACAGCAUCUCUGGGCAAUCGACGCCGAAGGCGAUAAGUUUUACCGUAUUCAUUCCUUCGCCUUGUGUACCGUUUCUUUUUUCUAAUAUAAACACACUUAUUUAGUUCUGAUUGGUACACUGAGCGAAAAAAUUACUAUCGAGGUGAAAUUAAUUACUGGCGGCGUAUGUAAAUAUUUAUCGCUGAACAAAUAUCUUGGUUUCAGCGAAAUUGAUUUUGCGGGAACCGCCAGCAUUGAAAUUUUACUAUAAAUCUAUCAAAUUCUACAUUUGUAGAAAACAAUAUGUGGCCGGACUUAUCUUGCCAUCACCCACCACCAUUUCCUCAGGUUUUACGCUUGUUCUCAUAUUUGAAUCUUGACGUUCCGCGUCAUUAUCCGAAGAUGAAGUAUCAA